GCGCUAAACGAGGCCACGCAUUGUCUGGCCCUCCCGCCCUCGGUUGCGAGCGAGCAACGUGAUUGGCCCAGGCCUCGGAAAGAGUGCCCGGGGAUCCAAAUGUACAGGCCGCAUUUAUCUUAGUGUCGAAAAAUAAACCCAAACAAUAACAGACACAACCGAGAAAGGAGACAUAUCGACGAUCCAUUUGAAGGAGUCCAUAAUAAGGGUGCUCUCUCCCAAUGGAAGGAAGAAACACCAGCAACACACUGUUCUUAUUUUAGAGUGCAUUGGCAUCAAAUGUGAAGCUUUUUUAAGAUCAAAGAGAUGGACCACGGCGGAGGGAUCCUGGAGCUACACACACAGGAGUUAAAGAUGCCUCACACCAUGAUCAUGCAAGACUUUGUGGCAGGAAUGAGGGGUCUGGCCCACAUCGACGGGGAUCACAUUUUGGUGUCUGUGCCUGAUGGCAUGCUCCUGUCUGACGUCAUGACGGACGAAGGCAUCCUGCUGGAGCACGGCCUGGAGGUGCAGGGCCUGGAGACGGAGGUGGAGGUGGAAGGCCUGGAGACGGAAGUUGAAGGCUUUGGAGCGGAGGUGGUGGAGAUAGAGACACAGAUGGUUGAGGGCCUCGAGACGGAGGUGGUUGAAGGCCUGGAGGUCGAGGGCCUGGAGGCGGAGGUGGAAGUCGAGGGCCUGGAGGCGGAGGUGGAAGUCGAGGGCCUGGAGGCGGAGGUGGAAGUCGAGGGCCUGGAGGCGGAGGUGGAAGUCGAGGGCCUGGAGGCGGAGGUGGAAGUCGAGGGCCUGGAGGCGGAGGUGGAAGUCGAGGGCCUGGAGGCGGAGGUGGAAGUCGAGGGCCUGGAGGCGGAGGUGGAAGUCGAGGGCCUGGAGGCGGAGGUGGAAGUCGAGGGCCUUGAGGAAGAGGUGGAGGUCCUAGAGGAAUAUCUAGAGACUGAGGUGAUUGAAGGCCCUGACAUCGGACACGAACACUUGCUGGGUUCCGAAGUGGCCAUCGAGGAGGCUAUAGACUCUCACCAUCAACAUGUUCUAACCUCAGACCUCAUCCAGGGCUCAGUCCACCAUCACCACCACCACAUGCCAGACCAGCUUUUUGUGGAGCACCAGGAGGAGGAGGACGGUUUGGACCAGGAGGUGUCGGUGGGGGAGGAGGAGACAGUGAUCCAGGCCCACGAGGAGCUGCCGGUGGACGUGGAGGCUGUCUCUCUGCAGACUGAUGAGGACUACCUCAUGAUCUCCUUGGACGACGUUGGUGAGAAGCUGGACAGAGGAGACACUCCUCUAGAGAUCACUACUGAGGUGAUGCAUGGCGAAGAAUCCAACAAGGAGGGGUCCGAGGUCAUCAAGGUCUACAUCUUCAAAGCAGAGGCUGAUGACGAUGUGGAGAUAGGUGGGACCGAGGUGGUGUCUGAGAGUGACUUCCAUAACGGCCACCAUGCUGUGUUGGAACAUGGCCGGGGGGAGAGGAUGGUCUACAUGGCUGUGAAGGACCACGCCCAGUCAGACCACGCCCAGUCAGAGGAAGAUAUCAAUGUGUCAGACAUGGCAGAGCAGGUGUACAUGGAGGUGAUUGUAGGAGAGGAGGAGACCUCUGCAGUCCAGGAGAACCAGCUAAAUGACUCUCCAAACAGCAAGAUGUUAGCCCCUGUCUCCUGGGCUGCUGCCUACGAAUUUGACAGUACGUCUGACCGACCUCAAAAGCGCAGACCACGUGUAACCACGCCAGCCAGGACCUCCACAUCCGGCUUCUUCACCUGUGGAUGGUCUGAAACGAGCCACCCAGACAAGCUGAUGAAACUGUGGGUUUGCACAACCGAAGAAUGUCUGCACAAACUGUCAGAAACAGUCUCCGGGAGGUCUACGUUCUCCGCCUCCAUCACCUCAUGUUUCAGCAUGAUAACGCAUGGCCCCAUGUCGCAAGGAUCUGUACACACCACCAUAAGGCAGGUGGUGGUCACACCAGAUAACAACAGUGUGGACACAGUGAAGAAUGGAGGGACCAGGCCAUACCUUCAGAUCAGAGACGGUCAGGGCACCAACAGAGCCCUCAAACAGAAGAUCAAGAAGAAGAAGAGGAAUGGCGAGACACGGCAGUGCCAGACCGCUGUGAUCAUCGGUCCAGACGGCAUGCCCCUGACCGUCUACCCCUGUCACAUCUGUGGUAAGAAGUUCAGGUCACAAGGCUUCCUCAAGUGUCACAUGAAGAACCAUCCUGACCACCACGUUAAGAAGUACCAGUGUACCGACUGUGACUUCACCACCAACAAGAAGGUCAACUUCCACAACCACCUGGAGUCCCACAAGCUACUGGUCCAUCACAGAGACAGAACCUCUUCCCCAGACUACCCAGAAUACAACAGGACCACCCCAGAGUACCCAGAAUACAACAGGACCACCCCAGAGUACCCAGAAUACAACAGGACCACCCCAGAGUACACAGAAUACAACAGGACCACCCCAGAGUACACAGAGUACACCCGGCGUUACCACGAAGACAGCCAGCUAGGGUCUAACAAGCUGAUCCUGAGGGACAAGGAGUCCAAACUGCACCACUGUAAGUACUGUGACUAUGAGACUGCAGAGCAGGGGCUCCUUAACCGCCACCUAUUGGCCGUUCACAGUAGGAAUUUCGCCCACGUGUGCGUGGAGUGCGCUAAAGGCUUCCGUCACCCGUCAGAGCUCAAGAAGCACAUGCGGACCCACACAGGCGAGAAGCCGUACUGCUGCCCGCACUGUGACUUUCGCUGUGCAGACCAGUCCAACCUAAAGACUCACAUCAAGAGCAAGCACGGUGCCGACCUGCCUUUUAAGUGUGGCCACUGCCCCCAGGCCUACGCAGACGAGGGGGAGCUGCAGCGGCACACAGAGAUGGUGCAGGGACACAAGACCCACCAGUGUCCCCACUGUGAACACAAGAGCACCAACUCCUCUGAUCUAAAACGACACAUUAUAUCUGUUCACACCAAAGACUUCCCUCACCAGUGUGACGUGUGUGAGAAGGGCUUCCACCGGCCCUCUGAGCUGAAGAAACACUCCGAGACGCACAAGGGCAGCAAGGUGCACCAGUGCAGGCACUGUAACUUCACGACCUCUGACCCUUUCACCCUCAGCAGACACAUCCUGUCCGUUCACACCAAGGACCUCCCCUUUAAGUGUAAACGCUGCCGGCGAGGGUUCCGCCAGUCCGCGGAGCUGAAGAAACACAUGAAGACCCACAGCGGGAGGAAGGUGUACCAGUGUCAGUACUGCGAGUACAACAGCCCGGACGCUUCAGGAUUCAAACGCCACGUGAUCUCGAUCCACACCAAGGAAUACCCCCACUGCUGUGACUACUGUUGUAAAGGCUUUAGAAGGCCCUCGGAGAAGAGUCAGCACAUAGCCAGACAUCACAAAGAUAUGCUGAUGGAACGUUGUUAAUACAAUGUUGACACAACGUUACCCGGACAGACAGACUGACACACUCACUCCUUAGUCUAUGUAGACCUUUUUCACACCACGAAGGGGGAACACAUUUAGGCAGUUGAUAAGGAUGGAAUGGUACAUUUAGACUGCUAGCGAUGAUAACAUUCUGACUGCUUCUCUUUUUCUACUGGUUGUAUAGAGUAGGAAUCGGUCUCACCAGACCCCCCCAUUCCCUCUCCCCCAGGUGUAAUCAAACUAAGCAUGUGGUGGAAGUUGGUGAAGUUUAAAACCAGUGUAUAUGUUGUCAGUGGGGCGCCUGUCACUCUUUCUGUAUUUAUUUAUCUGCAGAGAGAGGAUUCACCAUAUGAUGACAUUUUUUUUUUCAGGGUCUCAAAAUAUGUCUGUGUAUACCUGUUGAAUUUCUGGGAGAAAGAAAUGGACAGAAGGACGGCGUCCUCUAAUAUAGGAUGUGGUUAUGUGAGAUCGUCAUUCAGGCCUGUUCUUCUCUAUCUCACCAGACUGUAUCUGGAUCAAACUAGUGGAUCAAACUAGGAUGUGGUUAUGUGAGAUCGUCAUUCAGGCCUGUUCUUCUCUAUCUCACCAGACUGUAUCUGGAUCAAACUAGUGGAUCAAACUAGUGGAUCAAACUAGUGCAUCAAACUAGUGCAUACUGGAGAGCUGCAAGGCUCUGCUACCGACUAGUAUCUUCAAACCUGGGUUCAAAUCAUUUUAGAACUAUUUCUUAUACCUUUAGCAUUUCCUUUAUCCUGCCUAGAGUGGACUUUUGCGAAUCGGUUGGUUCCGUUGUGCCAGGCAAGCCCAGCGACGGUAUGUAUUUGAAAUGAUUACAAAUAGUUUUUGAACCCAGGUCUAAGUAUCCUCCCAAUAACCUGGUUUAUACCCUAAUACCAUUUGUUUUAAAGGCAAUCUGAAUCACAAUCAUGUCAUUAUGAGCCUGUGGGCCCUGUUUGGGUGGUCCACCUCUGAGGUCAGAGUGGAACAAUGUUUACACAAGCACCUUAACCUAUGAGCUACGAAACCAACUCAUUUUUUAAAACAAAUAGAACUUUGUUUUGUUUCUUAACAGUGCCAAUUUAUUAUUAAUUAAACUUGUUUAAUGUUUUGGUGUUUGGUGGACAGAUGGUUCUGUAUGUUUGGUAAAAACUUUGGCAGUUGUCACCACUGUUUUUUGACCUUGUGAAUGCCACUGUAAGUUGUGUAUAUGAUGUGUAUGUGUCUUCACAUAGAACACAGAUGUGGUCACACACAAGCCAACCAUCCGAUGGUCAUGUCUUAUGUUCUGUUUCUCCUCAUGCACUGAGCUCUGCUAAAACAGACAUCUGAAAAGUAAAGUGAUUUUAAGUCUCAAACAUAUGCCGUGUAAAGAGAUUGUGUGUUUGAUUCAGUAGAAAGCACUUUAACUAUUGUUUUGUUCAUUUGACAUGUACGGUGUAUAAUAUAUAUUCCCUGAAUGAGACAAUAUGAGUGUUGGAAAAGGGUUGUGGGUAUUUCAGGGCCCGGAGUGGGACGGUAGCGGACAGUAUUCAUCUAAAUGUAUUAUCAAUAGAAAGCUGUCUAAUGAACUCUUCUGUUUUGAUAUCUGAUAGGUAAUUGGUUGGUCUUUCUGUUGAGAUUUCUGCUCACUGGUGUCCAGCAACCCCACAGUCACUUAAGUACAAUGGUGGAGAGAUUGUCGUUGGAGUAUUAAAGUGUGCACAUAGUAGGCUGGCCAUGAAAUGAAUUGUGUAAAAAAAAAUGUAUGCAUUUUCUAGAUUUUUUUUGGUUGUCUAAUUUUUGUCUGAUUGUUCAGAAACUACUGGUGAGGAGCAACCAAAAUAAACAAUUAUCUUUUUA